CAUCGUGAAAUCGCGAUUUUCCCCGUGGCUACAUGUAUAUUCAUGACUUGUGAUAUCACCCGGAUAACCUGACUACUGCACUGAAGUGUAUUGUACAUCAUGGAUAGCUGUUGCUGUGUUGUCUGUGUCUUCACCACGCAAUUCACGAAACAGUUCUACACACCAAAAAUGAAAACGGCAAUAGCAAGUCUCCCGAGGAAUCCUGAUUUUUCUUUUAUGCACGAAUUUGCUCUGGCACACUUUCGGCCAUCACAGGAGAAUGCCGCGUGGCAAGCAACAUCGCCGUUUAUCCCUGAUGUGGCCUUGCUCGUUGUACACGUCAUCUUUGCUGCUUUCACGUCGGGCGUCAUCAUCUUCUCUGGAAUCGAUGAAGUUGGGGGUCCGAAAUGGUUUAUCUACCUAACAAACUGGGGUUAUCUGAGCAUAGUCCUUAGCUCCAUUGGCUUCGUUGCUGUGUGUGUUCAUCGGCUACGUUUGCGCCAAUCCCUUGUGCGCCUUCAGACGAGCAGUGAAGAACUUGAGCAGUCUCUGUCGGCAUGGCGUUGGUUUCAUAGUGCGCAGCAAAUCACCUUCACAAUCGCUCUGGACCUCGGCAUAGUCAUCACUGGACUCUACUGGUCUCUUCUGGAGCCGAAAGGGUCGUUCUUGGACAUCAGCACACAUGCCCUAAACGCGGCCAUGACUAUACUUCAGCUCUGCUUGAGCCACUUCAAGCUCAACCUGUUACACACGGUGUACCCAGUGGGUGUUGCCGCCACCUACCUCAUUGUAUCCUAUGUCUACACUGUCCUGGGUGGGACCAAUACCACCGGCCAGGCGUACGUUUACGCGCCACUGGACUGGAAGAACAAGCCUGGCAGCGCCGCCGCCCUGGCUGUGCCAGCGGCGCUAGUGGCCGUGCCUCUUGUGCACUUCAUUGUCUUUGGAAUCAUGAAGAUCAGGGUGGCCAUUGCUCGACACACCUACACCCGCAUGGGGCGCGGCGACGGCAACAACCAUGCCAUGGGCGAAGUCUGAUUAACGCCGCCGGCAUGUACAUGCACCCCAAUCCACCGCGCUUGUGUGCGCUGUGUGUGUGUGUGGCUACACAUUGGUGAUUGAUGUAUGGACUUCCAUUGUGAAGCAACAAAGCAGAGAGAACCUAUAGGACUGUAGACUUUCUGCAAAACAACUAAACAAAUGGACAUGGAUACGUCUGUCUGCUAUAUUUUUUUGUAAUGGCCCCUGUUUUGAGUAGGCAUGUCCUCUCGCAAUGUUUCACCGGUUAUAGAGUUGGUAUCUUAUUUUGAACAUGUUCACUGCAGUACAUGUACUCCUCAUACAGUCAUACUUUGGUCCCUCCCAUAUCAUCUUAUCUUCACAAAUAGCUUCUAUUUUAUUACCUUUUCCCGCAACCUAUUGAAUAUUUCAUUUUUCUAAGACUAGAGUACAUGUGGCCGA